CGUCAUCUCUCGAAGCGUCCAUGUUUGCUGCACCACCCUGCUUCGUUCCUGGAGUUUCUCAGAGCUUCUUCGACGUGCUCGCGGUGCGAUCCUCGUACCUUGUCUCCCUCCACCGUCGUUUCCCCGCGUUACGCAUCAAGCGGAAGCGGCCUCGAACGAUGGCGGCUUGGGCUGCUGCUGCUCGCCAAGCCGCGGCUUCGGCUCGGCUUCCUUCUCUGAAACCAUCUGCUCCUCGUUCGACGCCCGGAGCUGCCACUCUUGUUCAUCGGCGCGGUCUGGCCGGCGGUGGCGAACACCAUGGACCGCCAAAGGUGAACUUUUGGGAGGACCCGCUGAGUCCUUCUAAAUGGAAAGAGGAACAUUUUGUAAUUGUCUCCUUAACUGGCUGGGGGUUACUCUUCUAUGGGGGCUACAAGUAUUUUACAAGAGGAAAGAAUGACAAGAAGGAAGAGAAGGCUAAAGAAUCUUCGCACUGAGGACGGAGUUGUUGCACAGAGAACGUGAUCGCAGUGAAUGUACGUCUAUAAGCUCCAAUAAGUAGAGAGAUGCCUGUACUUUCAUGUGGUGAUGAACUUUCAAUUCGGGGUGUUCUAACUUGUACAUGACUGGGAUAAGACGAGGAUGAAUUGAUUAUGAAUCUUAGUGUCAAUCUCUUUUGCUGUUUUCCAUC